AUACUAUUCAUAAAUCUCUAUCCACCAAAUAAAGCAAAGCAUAUCCCAAAAAAAAUUAAAAAUAACCAAUAAAUAAAUAAAUAAAAUUAUAUCACAAGAUGAACUCUUUUCCCUUUUCUUCUCCAUUGCGUAUUUUUACGCUUAUCAACUUCAUCUCUAUGGAAAAUAAUCAUAAAAAACAUUAAUUUACACAAUUCCGAUCAACUUGGUGGCCGCCGGCGACAAUUUCCGACAACCCCAUCUCCUAUUUUAACAUACCGGCCAUGCCCCGUCGGAAAAAUCCGGAGAUAAAUGGAUCAAGAUCCGUAGUUUUUCGACAAUCGGUGAUUGACCCACCUCGUUAUAGGGGUGUACGUAAACGGCCAUGGGGUCGAUUUUCUGCUGAGAUAAGGGAUCCGGUGAAAAAAGCUCGUAAAUGGCUGGGUACGUUUGAUACAGCGGAGGGUGCUGCACGAGCUUAUGAUACUGCUGCAAGGUCUUUUCAUGGAGCUAAAGCGAAAACUAACUUCCCAAUAUUGCCUCCUUAUGGGGAGAAUCAAUUUGAAAAUCUUCAACAAUCAAGGCCGGCGUCGAGUAGUAUGAGUAGUACGGUGGAAUCAUCGAGUGAUGCGCGUGCAUUGUGUAAAACGAUGCAACCGCGGGUUGAAAUUCCUCGCCGGAUAUCGAUGGGGGAAGGUCAUAGUGAUUGUGAUUCGUCGUCUUCUGUGGUGGAUGGUAAUUGCAUUGGCGGCGGCGGUGGCGAUGAUGAUCAGACGUCGUCGUUUUGUAAAGAUCCUCUGCCGUUUGAUUUAAACUUUCCACCUCCCUCUGAUGAUUUUCAAAUCAUCACCCCUUUGUGUUUCUAGUUAAUCUUGAUGAUUAUGAUUGAAAAAAAAAAUAACUUUUUUUCUCUAUGUUUUCGUUUAAUUCUGAAUUUUUUUUCUUGUUCAAAUGUAUCGAUUUGCUGAAUGAUGAUAACCAAAUGUGUUUUUAAGUUAUGCAUAGCUUUUUGUAGUUUUUUGGUUGAGCUGAAGGUCUAUCGGAAACAGUCGUAGGGGUAUGGUCUAUGAUACUUUACCCUCCUCAGACCUUACAUUCGGUAUUCGUUGUUGUUGUUGUUGCAUAGGUUAGUGGUGUACUGAGUCAUGAUGUAAUCUGUAUUAGAAAAGAUUGUAUCUUUACUAUUGAACACGGGAUCUGAUUAUCGAAUUUUUAUCUGUCUUUUGAUCUGCUACUGCUUGAUGCAAACAGAAAAAUGAACACUUUACAUUCAUAAGUGAAUUAUCACAUAGGAGAUAUUCUCUUUUUGUUCAAUCUCUGCAUUUUCUUUGAGUAUUUAAGCAUUGAAGCAGUGUUUCACCUUGCUUAAUGGGCUCUUCAGCGUCGCCAUCAGGGCUCUUAAGCCAUAUUUUCCCUUGCCAAUGAGUAUAAUUCUCAAGGGGCGACACUAAACAGUUAGCGUUUCACUUUAUGGUACUUUUUUUUCAGUUUAUUUAUCCAUAUAUAUUCGAUGUUCAUGCUUAUAACUACAAGUUUUGGACUACACAUAUAUUUGUAAAUGUUCUUCAUUAAAGUUCAUGCUUAUUUGCGGUUUCUGCUUAAAGCCCCAAUGGACCUUGGUGCUUUUGUGUGUUUCUCCUUUGGCAAUACUGAUUUGAAUGUGGAGGAUAUGUACUGGCACGGAAGAAGAUGGAGUAGAGGCUUCCAAAAGAUUUUGCAGCCAAGAGAAAGAACUCUUUGAUCCUCGUUACAACUGAUCCUGGCCUUAUCCCACGCAACUUUUUGACGAUGAAAGUGAAAUCAUCCUCGUUACUGCUGAUCCUGGCCUUAUCCCACUGUUGGAAAAAACCUUGCGAUUCUGAUUCAACAUAGCCAGUUACUUGAACGUUGUGAUACGUUCAGAUAUGGUCCGAUCCAUUGUCUAGUUCGUCUGCCAGCAGGAUGUUGUUUGUGCUCUGUGAUUGCUAGUCAUAUGUGAGUAGUUGUAACAACUAUAUUGAGUUUGCUUCCAACUUAAUGAACUCAUGAAAAUGUGUAGAAUCACAAUACCAUAUCUAAGAAAGGUUGUCCCAAAA